GAAUACAUUUACCUUGACUGACACUGCGACAGGGAGAGAAAGCAGAAUCCCCCACUCCAAGAAAUUGUAGCUCCAUAACAUCAUGCGACAUAAUCUCUGCAGUGGGUUUGCUGUGGGGGCCACUCUGACUAUCACAGCAUGCACGCACCGAUGCAUGCCCUCAUGCACAAACACACACACACACACACACACACACACACACGGCUGCAAGUAGGCAGGUGUUUUUUUUCCCCUCCAGAUUAUUUCAAACUCCUCCAAAAGCACACAGAUUUCUGCAAUAAUUAAAAUAAUAUAACAGCUGGCUCCUUUUGAGACAAGUUUUAACCCCCCAUAAAUUGUUUUCGGCUAUAAAUGGUGCAGCAACAGAAACUGAGGAAAUGAAGAUGUGUAAGGCGAUCAAUAACAUGCAACAGAUAAAUAGAGAUGCAAUGACAUUUGCAGAGGAAGCGAAAUGGAUCGAUAUCAUCUGGGACCUGGACAAGUGGUCAUUUUUAGAACAGAAGUCCUCCUGAAUGUGCCAUUCACAUCAAUGCUAUCAAUAUGCUGCAGUGCAAAGGAGAAAUCAAUCUUUCGGAGACCUGGAUGGUGCAGUGGUGGCAUUUGCGGGUCAGAAUCCAAGAGCUGAAAUGGAGAGAAUAUUCUGUAAAACUAUACCAACUCCAGCAUGAGUUCACUUGUGCGCUGUGGUUGUAAAGUGCAUGCAAACAUGUGAAUCUGUGAGUCUGUGCUGCUGCUGUACUCAAACGUUGCUAUGGGCGACAGCAUUAGCUACUGUAUAGGGUAAAAAUGCAUGAUGAAUGUAAAGUAUCUGCUGGCAGGAGAUGGUGCUCGUUCAGGGCCUGCCCAAGACCGCCCACUAGUGGUGGAGGCAAAGAACAGCAGCUUUUAGUGCAUUUUACCCUCAUCUGCACUGAACUGAGUGCUCAUAGAGGGGAGUAUUAAAAGGGGAAAUGCAAAAUAUUCUAUUUAUUGACACUGUUUUUGCGAGAGGAUAUUAAGUUAUAACAUUUUAUCAAAACUUGAUGCCAAAAAAUUAAUAGAGUCCUUUUAUCGGUGCCCAGUUGAGAGCAUUUCGACGGAUGUAUUUGGUGCACCAGCUGCACAGUGGCUCACAGGGAAGCGCUUCAGGGGCUCAUAAACAGCACAAAAGAUCAUCAGCUGUCCUUGCCUCUUACUGGAAGAACUACACCACGCCUGCUGUCUUAAACAAAGCACAGAACAAUAUAAAAAACACUUCUCGUUUAGCUCCUCCCUGUUUGAGCCUUUGCCAUCACGUAGACGGUUUAGGUCUAAUCAAAACACGGACUCAAAAACUGCUUUUACCCAACAGCGAUUACCAUUCUCAACUCUGUUCAGCUGUGGAAUAAGUUCAAUAAUGAGAAUAUAUAGGAAGUGAAUAUGUAGAUUUGUGUGGGUGAGGUUUGAUGGUUCAUUCAUUUAUUCUAGUGUUAUCUAUUAUUGAUUUAAGCUUUUGUUAUACCCUGUUUUUUGAAUUAGUUAGACCUAUUUGUGAAGAAUGCACUGACUGGUUUGCAUUUUUAAUUUUGUUAUAUUUGUUACAAUGACAAAUUCGAUACUAUUCUAUUUUAUGAAUCUAAACACAGGAAGACGCUUACAGUAUUUGUACGUCAAAUGGUUAAAGGCAGUCCGCUUUAAAUGUCCAGUCAUUGCUUUUACCCUUCAAACUCAUCUCUGUGUGUCAAUGUUAAAUAUUUAGGGCUUUUAUCACACUCAAAAUAAUCCCAUCCUGCUUUAAAAUGGCUUCGAUGUAACUCUGCACGUUAUAAAACUGCAGCCAGCUCAGCUGUCUCUCUGCUCAGACACUGUAAAGCUACUUUACACUACACAAUAACAGGAUUCAAGACUGGAGUAAUUCAGUAAUUUGUAUUCAAAUUGAAAACUCCUGAAGAAUAAAGCAUUAUAUUGCAAUGUGACAGAAUUUGUUCCUUAGGUUUGUCAUGUAUGAAAGUUUUACUCUGAAAACCAAUAAGCUGCUGCUGUUCUCGAACCCUUCAGGAACAAAACUCUCCCUGUGUCUGUCAGUCACAGCUCAAGCUGAGCUAUUGUCAACAAUAACAGUGGUAAUAAGUCCCACAUUUUGUCAUCCGACUCCACUAUCAGGUUGAACUUUUCUAUGCGUUUCUGCUAAACACAUAGCGGACAUGUGUUUAGCAAGUAAUCCUUCCCACAACUUAAUUGCUUACGGUUGCAUGAAAAGAAAAACUGUAUUCAUGAACAACAAUAAACCUUUAAAGUUGCAAAUUGGUCUAAAUUUUACAUCCCCUCUGUCUUAGGUGUACAAAAACAAAUACUGACCAUUGCAUAAUUAAACUUAUGGACAUAGUCUCAUUAAGGGGAGGAGCUAAAAGGAGUAAGAAUCUAAUUAGAGCAACUUCACUUUUUAAAAAAAACUAUUAACUUUAUAAACCUGUGUGUUCAUAGGUAUGGUAAUUGAAUACAUGACACUUAAAAUUCCUUUGAAAUAAACCCGAACCAACUUUCAACUUCUUGUUAAAUUAGUGGUAUUUGACAAUAUGGUCAGAUGUGGUUCCGAGACAAAAUCGUAUAAAAUUACCAUAAAUUCACGCAGAGAAGCUUGACUUCCGUAAAACAAACUGCAAACUCCCUCUAAAAAUUCCCAACUAUUGGUUAAAUAGUUUAAUAUUAGAAGGCAGGAAGGAAUAGGAUGAAUAAAGGUACUACUAGUUCUUUGUUCUACAUGCAAAUUUUAAUGAGACAGUGCACCAAUCACAGAUCGCAGUUACACCCACAAGUCUGGGCAGAGAAUCCAGCACUCUUGUCAUCAGUCAUACCUCAGAGAGCAACCAACAAUCACACAGGUAUGUCUCGAUAUCUUAUUCUCUCAGUGUAGUGGGCAGAAUUAGGAUUCAAUUUCUAUUCUGUGAAGUCGUUUAUUGUACUUUAAAAGUCAUUGGAACUGUUUUUUUUAGUUGCUAUUGAAUUUCUUGCAGCUAAAUGUAAGGUAUGGUAGGAUAUUAGUCAUGAAAUUUGCCUUUUAUUGCACUGUAAAUAGAAAACAAAUAACGAUCAAAUGGAUAAGCCAAACUAAAAUACAGAACUAUAAGUUUCCAUUGAGUCAAAGAUAGUCAAAUAUUUCUUCCUAGAAACAAUCGUGACUGUCCCCAGUGUUUAAUUGAUACCGUCAGUGAGGGAGUUUUUAUUUGCCCACAUUCCAUUAAACCUGUUUGAUUGAGGAAGAGAUGGAAAGAGUUUCCCCGAAGUUUAGAUUCAAAUCAGAAAACUCUUCUAUAAUCUCUAGAAAUCAUUGCGUGCUGUUUUAUUUUACUUCCCCAGUGAUUUUGGACAUGGCAGACACAUUAGAUGUGCACCAGUUCAACUGCUCCAUCUGUCUGGAUCUUUUCACCGACCCGGCCUCGAUUCCAUGUGGACACAACUUCUGCAAGAUCUGCAUCGAGAGCUACUGGGACACCUCAGAGCUGAGCAGGUGCCCCCUAUGCAAGGAGACGUUUUACAAGAGACCCGAGCUUCGGAUCAACUACUCCUUCAGAGAGGUUGUCAAUCACUUCAAAAGCCUAACUCCAAGUCCGCUGGUAAAAAGAAAAGGCGGUGAGGCGAGAGCUGGCGAAGUACCGUGUGACAUCUGCACAGAUGUGAAGCUAAAGGCCACAAAGUCCUGCCUGGUUUGUAUGGCGUCUUACUGUGAGAUUCACCUGGAGCCUCACAACACAGCCGCAGCCCUGAGCAGACAUAAGCUCACUGAACCGAUUAGAAACCUGGAGGACAGAAUAUGUAAGAAGCACGAGAAGGUCUUGGAGCUGUUCUGCAAGACGGAGGAGAAGUUUAUCUGUCAGAUCUGUGCUGAAACCGACCACAGCAGGCACCAAGUUGUGACGGCAGAGGUGGCGGCACAGCAAAAAAUGAUUCAGAUUAAGAGGAGGGGGAGAGAAGUGGAGCUGAUGAUUCAGGAUCGACAGAAGAGGAUUGAAGAAAUCAACCACUCAAUGAAACAAACUAAUGAGAACGCACGGAGACAGAUGGAGGCGAGCGUUAAGGUGUUCACGUCCGUGAUGGAUUCCAUCCAAAAGACCCAUGAAGACCUUAUUGCGGAGAUCGAGGAGAGACACGACACCGAGCAGAAGAGGUUUGAGGAGCUCAUCACAGAGCUGAGGAAGGAGAUCGAUGAACUGGAGAAGAAAAAUGUUGAGCUCCAGCAGCUCUCGCAUAUUGAAGACCACAUCAGUCUCCUGCAGUCUUUCAGUGAAGCCCACACACUCCCACCAACUCAGAACUGGCCAAGCAUUCCUGUUAAUGAGGUGGAUUUUUUGGAUUAUAUACGAACGUCUUUGAUUAGCGCGAAAGAGUUCAUCAAAACGGAAAUUAAACGGCAGGAAGUGACUGAGCUCCAGAAAGUGCAGAAAUUUGCAGUGGACGUCACCAUCGAUACCGACACAGCAGGGCCCUGGCUGCUCGUCUCUGAAGAUGGGAAAGAAGUGAAGCAGUCGCCUAAGAAGCACAAGAUUCCAUCGAGCAUAGCAAGAUUCACAGAGGACACUUUUGCUGUUGCGACUCAGGCGUUGUCCACAGGCAGGCACUACUGGGAGGUCGAGGUGAAGGGGAAAUCCAACUGGCUGCUGGGAGUCGCCUCCGGCUCUCUGAAGAGGAACGAACGCAUCAUUCCCUGCCCAGAAAACGGCCUGUGGACCCUCAGUCACCAGGACGGAGGGAAGUACUGUGCAUUAACAAAAAAUCCAUUCCCUUUAAUGUUGCCUCUCCCUCCUCAGAGGGUGGGAGUGUUUGUGGAUUACGAGGAGAGGCAGGUGUCCUUCUUUAACGUGCUGGCCAAGACUCACAUCUUCACCUUCACAAAGUGCAACUUUACAGGCAAGAUUUACCCCAUAUUCGAUCCUUGUUUGGCUGCAGAAAAGAAGGAGGUGGCUCCCCUGAAAAUCAUGAUUGUAAAGAUCACAAAAUGAGAAACUGAUGGAGAUGCAAAAACACAAUCCUAUAUGAUCUAAUCAGAAACGUAUUCUGUCCAUCAAUAACUCUAUUACACAUCACCGAUAAUCUGUUUAAUUUGCAAUAUGCUACAAGGGAAUAGGUUUAUUGUGUAUUUCUUGAUGCUGAUCAUAUUAUUUUUUUAUGAUUCAUAUGUUUCUAUUUACAUAUACAAUACAACACAUCUUCAGUUCUCCUAAUUUAGUCCUAGACGUCUGAACCUAUACUGACACACUUUAUAAUUUAAAAUUUGAUUUCAGUUUAAAAGGUAAAUAUUCCUGUGGAACAACAUCCAGCAGCCUGUUAGCUUAGCUUAGCAUAAAGGCCUGCACACAGCACUGUCCUGUCUUGUUAGUUCACAAACAAAGUGGAAAUAUGACAAAUCACUUAAUCAGGUUUCACAGUGGCUCGGCAACGAAUGUAAACACUAGGAGGUCACAGUUUCCGAUCUGACACAUAAAAUCCGGUAAAAUGAUGAGUUAUUGUUUAGGGAUGCUUUUGCCCAAGUACCGUACACUAUAAAAAAUAAAGUUUUUAACCUCAUUAAAGAACUGUUUACUGUUAUUUUACAGACUCUCUGUUUUGUUUAACCACAUAUAACUACUGAAAAAAAUCACAGAAAAAGAAAUAUUCAUUUCCAUGUUAACUGUAAUGUCCACAUCAAUAAUCUGUAUUUUAGUAAAUAUUAUUUUUCAUGUUAUUUUACAGUGUUUGACAGUAAAAUUGCAAUAUGAUUGUAUUGUAUUUUGAUCAGAAAAAAAACUAUUUUGGUAUUUGUUGUUGUUUGAAAGAAAAAUUAUGUAUACUAAGAAUUUUUGUAGUUUUUUCCUUUAUUUUCCAUUUUUUUAAACUAUAGAAAAUAUCUAGUAAAAGCUACACAAAAAUUGUUAAUGUAUAUGUUAAUUGUUAAUAAAAAGAAAAUGAAAUGGCCCAAAUUGUCUGUAAUUAUAGCUCCAGUUUUUGAACAUUACAGUAUUUUGUUGUUUUUUUAAUGUAUUUUGUUUUACAGUGUAUGCAACAAAAACUGAUAAAUAUCAGACAUACAGGAUGUAGUGUUGUUUUAGUUGUUGCUGUUUUGGGUUUUGAUUGUGAUUCUGACAGUUUGUCUGCAGUUUGAAAUAAAAUUCACUGAUAUUUCUUGUA